CAAUUCCUGACGAGACGCUAAAAUUUCGCUAUUUUGGCGUCUUUUGGCUUUUUUUGAGUGUAUGACAUAGGCCUAAUGGUGCACAGGAGGUCUACAUAUAGCCUUAUGUUCAGGAAUUAUGGAGAGAGUGUCAGGAGGAGAGUUUACCUGGAGAAUAACAGAGUGAGAGAGAGACGCAGAGUAGAGGAGAUGUCACACCAGUCGCUGGAAGAGGACUACUCCGACCGAUGUGACUGUGACGACUCGGACAACAACUCAAAGGUUUCUGAAGGACCAGCACACAAGAUGGAUUCGGUAUCAGUGACUGGAAGACCUCCAGUCAAGAUGGACUCAGCAUCAGCGGCUUGGACAAGAGUCCCGGCUGGCGGAACGGAUGGGUGAGUGGGACCGGAAGAUCGCCAGUCCUGGAGGAACCUCCUUCAUGCUCACUGGAGAGCGAUAGAAGCUUUUGAUUCAGGGUGAUGGAAGAAGCUCUUGAUCCCAGUCAUUGAGUCUGAUUUCUCCUUGAAUAGGGGCCAGGUUAUACCUCAUUGCCUCAUCUGAUUGCCCCUUCGCCUUUCGACGCUGGUAACUCGGUUGGUUGAACGGUCUCACCCGGCAGUGCCUAGGCUGCAUUUCACCCCUGAUGUCUCCCCCAGAGUGCCACAGGACAUUGGCGCUACGAACGACCUGGGCGAUGACUUCACCAGGGAUGGCGCCAGUGUCAAGUUUGACGACCAGAGAGGAAGUAUGCCAGACUUGAACCUUGGCACCGGCACUGGUGGCAGGCAGAGUGCCAGGCUACACCUCCGGGGCAAGCCUGGAGUGUCAGGUGAACAAGUCGGAGUGAUGAGGCCAGGAAGCGGAGUGAAGGAGUAUGACCUUAUACCAGCAGUACCACAGGAGGCUGGUCCAGCACAGAGAGGGCCUGUAGUGCCACAGGAUACCAGUCCAGCACAGAGAGGACCAGCAGUGCCACAGGGGGCUGGUAUAGCAGAGAGAGGGCCAGCAGUGCCCAAAGCAGCACUGUCUCGAAGCUUCAUGUGCCCCCUGACCUCCAAGCUCUCACGAACGACACGAACGAACUUUCAAUGCCGCGAGAGGACCAUCUACGUCCCGUAUGGCACUGGAGCUGAUGUGAUGGCCAUAGGUGACAAAACCUCCUUUAACAUCCACCUCAGUGAGAACCAGGUUCGGCCAACAUCACUACACGCAUCAUCACUACGAAACCGAGAGAUCGAACGCCUGAUCACGAAACAGCGCCGGAUGACACUGGAUGACAUGAGGGAUCGGGGCAGAGUAGAUGCCCACGUCAACCACUCCAGCAUCUGGGGGGAAGCAUUCUCAACUGGGACGAAACCAUGGCAGCAGCAGAGUGACAAAAGGGGAGGAGCAAUCUCAGCUGGGACAGCACCACAACAACAGUGGAAUGACAGCAGGGAGCACAUUUCCUCCCGGCAAAAACCUCGACUGUGGCAGAAAGAUAUGAGGAGGGAAGUGUUUUCGACCAGGACAAAACCUCGACAAUUACAGAAUGACACUCAGAACAGAGUUGAAGUGUUCUCAAACUACUGCCGCCACUGUGGUGGGCGGAAGUGAGAUUAUCUAGAUCAGUACUCUGGAGUCCUUUGAACCAGAUACACUCUACACUCUGUCCUUUGAACCAGAUAGAUUUUGCACUCUGUCCUUUGAACCAGAUAAAUGAUCUAAUCCAUGGAUAGUCAUGACUCUCCAGGUCUGAGAGAAGUUUGAGGCUUUUGAAGGUUUUUGUUUUCCAGGCUCUUGUGGCCUUGGAUGGGUGGCUCUGGAACUGUGGCACUGGCCAUCAUAGCACUGGAAAUGUAGCACUGGCCAUCAUAGCACUGGAAAUGUAGCACUGGCCAUCAUAACACUGAAAGUGUGGCACUGGCCACCAUUGCACUGGAAAUGUGGCACUGGCCAUCAUAGCAUUGGAAGUGUGGCACUGGCCAUCAUAGCACUGGAAGUGUGGUACUGACCAUCAUAGGACUGGAAGUGUGGUACUGGCCAUGAUAGCACUGGCCAUCAUAACACUGGCCAUAAUAACACUGAUCAUCAUGGCACUGGUCAUUAUAACACUGGCCAUCAUAACACUGACCAUCAUAAUGCUGGCCAUCAUAGCACUGGCCAUCAUAACACUGGCCAUCAUAACACUGGCCAUCAUAGCACUGGCCAUCAUAACACUGGUCAUCAUGGCACUGGUCAUUAUAACACUUGCCAUCAUAGCACUUACCAUCAUACCACUGGAAGUAUGCUACUGGCCAUCAUAGCACUGGAAGUGUGGUACUGGCCAUCAUAGCACUGGAAGUGUGGUACUGGCCAUCAUAGCACUGGAAGUGUGGCACUGGCCAUCAUAGCACUGGAAGUUUGGUACUGGCCAUCAUAGCACUGGAAGUGUGGUACUGGCCAUCAUAGCAUUGGAAGUGUGGUACUGACCAUCAUAGCACUGGAAGUGUUGUACUGACCAUCAUAGCAUUGGAAGUGUGAUACUGACAAUCAUAGCACUGGAAGUGUUGUACUGACCAUCAUAACACUGGAAGUGUGGUACUGACCAUCGUAGCACUGGAAGUGUGCUAUUGACCAUCAUAGCACUGGAAGUGUGGUACUGACAAUCAUAGAACUGGAAGUGUGGUACUGACCAUCAUAGCACUGGAAGUGUGGUACUGACCAUCAUAGCACUGGAAGUGUGGUGCUGACUGCUAUAGCACUGGCCAUCAUAGCACUGGAAGUGUGGUAUUGACCAUCCUAACACUGGAAGUGUGGUACCAACCAUCAUAGCACUGGAAGUGUGGUACAGGUCUGCCAUCACAUAUCCGGCAAUCAGUUAUUCGGCACUAAUUUUGGCUAGCAUAAUUUCAAAUUUCCAGGGUCGCCACACCAACCAGCUGCUACUGUUUGGUGGCGCUACUUGCUGCAUAAGUCAUUCCAAUUUCUUUUUCUCCAUUUAUUAUUAUAGCCUGCUUACUUUUAGCCCUAGCCAUGGUUCCAAUGAAUAAAAGAAAUGCUUCUUGCUGUGUAAAGCACGUACACAGGAAAUUGUCCAUUAAAGAUAAGGGGGCUUUGAAGCCACUGUCAGUUGCCAUGAGCUCAGUCUCAUGAUGCAGGGGAAUGUGCUUUAUUAUUAUGCUAAUAUCAACACUACAGCUUAUUUGCCUAUACAAUUGAUCUAAUAUGUCAUAAUAAACAAUAUAAAUAACAUAAAAACAUGUUAAAUACUCCAGAAUGAUUAAUAUUUGGCAUAAUACCGAGCAGUUUGACAGAGGUAUGAAGAGGAUAUGGGGGGUUUAUAUCAGAGAAAACGGAGUAUAGCACAUGGCUAACUGUGAUAUACACUCAUACUGCACCAUAAAACUGAAACAAAAAAGCUAUUUUCUCUACAUAGAUUAUCACACACAGCAGCACAUGUGUAGAGAACCUAGGAUAACCCAAAAAAGUCAGACAAAGUGGCUUAUUUCUAGUACCUGGCUUGGGCUAGCCAUAUGUGGUUUUUGGUAAAUAUUCGAUUCCCAGCCAGGGUAGAAACAUUGGGAGUGUUUCUUUACACCUGUUGUCUAUGUUCACCCAUCAGUAAAUGGAUACCCAGGUGUUAGUGGACUGGUGUGGGUCACAUCCUGGGACACUGACCUAAUUUGCCUGAAAUGCUUGGCAUAACAAGGGGCUUUCUGUAUAGUAGUAUGUCACUGAUGUCAGCUAGGCCUGUAUGCCAUGUAUAUAUACAUGUAGUAAAUGAAGAUAUUAUUAUUAUAAUUAUUUAUUUCUCUUACUGAAACUUGGGCAAUGUAUGAUGGAAAGAUGCUUCUUAAAGUACACCAGAAAUGAAAGAAAUCAGUCCAUAAAUAGCGGAGUUCACUUCUCAGUCAUUAGCAGCCUCAUAGCAUUAUAUUUUUGCAUAGUUUUUAUAGUUGUAUUCUCAUUUUUUUUCUUUUUUGGUCUCAUUUGAUAGAAUGGAAGAUAUAUUACAGAAAUAAAUAUGAUUUUGAUUGUUCUAUUAUAUGUAUUUAGCGAUGUUCAAGAGUAAACAAAUGAUAUCACUGUCUAAUACGUAUGCGCCUGCCAGUUCAAAUUCCAAUACGCAGUCAAGAAUGGGUUGACAUUAUUUAUACAAUUAUUACAAUAAUGCAGUAGUCUGCAUAACAGUAAAUCUUCCAUUUUUUGUGUGAAUAAAAAUUCCAAAUGGUAAGCAAGAGUAAUAUAAGAGGGGCCUGGAGCCAUGAAUAAUAAACAGAAAAUGUUAUUUUAGUGCUUGGAAUGUCUGCAUUGUUUAUUUUGGACUCUAUUUUGAAAUUGGCAUCUGUUAAAAUUUGUGUGAAAUUGGCCAAAUUGCCAAUUUCUGACCACUUUAUUGGGUAGUUGAAAUAGGUGAAUGGGCAGUUUCUUGUAUUCAGGCGACAGAAUAAAAGUAAGUACAGUGGACCCUUGAUAAUCGUAAGGCUCAAAAGUUAUAAUUUUCGGAAAUUGUAAUGUUAUUUUCAUCAAAACAUUGACUCACGAAUCGUCGUUUGACUCGCAAAUAGUCGUUCAUCCUGGAUGCGUACUCACGGCCCUGAGCUGCCUUGCACUCCCUUCCCAGUCAGUGUGGCAUUAUUUACCAGUGAGUGAUGGUGCCCUCACUUGUUCAUACGAAAUAUUUCAUAAUACAGUGGACCCCCAGUAUUCGAUGGCAUCGGUAUUCGAUAAAUCCGGUAUUCAAUGCAUUUUAACGCAAAAAUUUUGCCUCGGUAUCCGAUUGAAAACCCGGUAUUCGAUACGAUUCGUACGAGACGUGUCCAUGUGUGGCUUGAACUGCCCCUUGUGUGCCAGUGUUUACAAGCCAGCCAGUGUGCGCGCUUCUAAGGAUACAUUCAGUACUGUGAGGGAAAAGAUCAGUAGAUAGGAGUAGCGAGGGAGUAUAUAGUAACAAUAGUUUCAUUGCCGGCUACUUGUUAAGGUAGGGUAAGUCCAGCUCCCGCUAUUCCCGCCUUUUCUCCCCCACCCCUAAAAUGAUAGUUUGAUUGCUGGCUGCUUGUUAACGUAGGGUCAGUCUAGCUCCCACUAUCCCUUCCCCUC